AUGUCAUUAAUUCAGCAUUUACAUCCGAAAUCACUUUACAAAACUUUACUUGUUCAGAGAAGUUGGAAGCUUUUUUUCCAUACCUCAAGUUUUCAGCGUGGUCACUACCUCUCCCUCGUAGAAGCAAUAGAGAAAAGGGCAGCAGAUAUAACAUCAGCUCAAAAAAGACAAACAUGGACGAAAGAGGAAACAGAGACACUCAAGGAGCUGGUAAAGAAGCACGGUCCACGGUGGACAAUGUUUAGUGAGUGCUACUUUCCAUCAAGGCGGGCCGAUUAUAUAAGAAAGCAUUAUUACACUUCGCAAGGUUUUACACGCUGGACCCCAGAAGAGAAAGAAACGCUAGCAAGACAUUUACAAGAUAUAACUGAUCUGGGCCAAAUCGAUUGGUCAACGCUGGAAAACAAGUUUACCAGUAAAGCGAGGAGUCAAGUAAGAGCUCGUUGUAAAGAAUUAUUAUCACGUAAAGCUAGCCAACGGAGUGGGAGGUGGACAGUCGACGAAGUUAAUCAAUUAUGUGAACUUGUCAAGAAUUACCCAGAUGAUUGGCAUGCUGUUUCGCAAAAAUUACAGAGGAGUGUGAAACAAUGUAAAAAUAAAUGGAGCUAUGAGAACAGAAAUGCUAUAAUAACAACAGGUAAAUUUAGUGACGAGGAGGAUAAAGCAAUACUAAAAGCAGUGGAGACCUUUGGUGCGACUGACUUUUAUAAAAUCAAACAAGCUACUGGCUCUUCGCGAACGGUAAUGCAAAUACGGGAUAGAUAUGAAUCGUUUAUCAAUCCUGCUCUGGAUAGAAGUCCAUGGUCCGAAGAAGAAAAGCAGCAGUUAUUUGACCUCUAUACCAAAUACAGAAAUGUAUCCGCAGUGAAAAAGAGGAUGGAUACUAAAAGGCAAAAAAACGGCAUAACGCCCUCUUUUAUAAAUGGAAAAGCAGCAGAGUUAUUAAAUAGAGAGUCCAUUGGAAACGAUGGCGUACAAAUGCAUUUUUCUGAGGAACAGCUUGAUAACGAACAUUUGGGCCUAGAGAAUUUGUUGGACAUCGAGGAUACAACUGCUAAGAGCAGCCCUAAAAAAGAUUUACAAGUUCCAGAAAACAGAGAAGAGACAAAGCCAAUAGUUGAAAAGCUACCAAAUACUAAGCAGAUUGGCAGAGAAAAUGCUGUUAUUGUCAUCCUAGUUAGAAAUAGAGAAAUACAACAGAUGAGACGUACAUUACGACAAUUUGAAGAUCGUUUUAAUCGCAAAUACAAAUACCCAUACGUCUUUCUGAACGAUGAGCCGUUUUCCAACGAAUUCAAAUUUGCUAUCACGUCUAUGACAGAAGCAGACGUCAAAUUUGGCCUAGUGCCUUCGGAGAUGUGGUCAAUCCCCAAGCACGUCAACGGAACAGUUAUGCAACAGCAGUUAGACGAUUAUGCUGCUCGACAUAUUCUUUAUGGAGGCUCCUUGUCUUACCGCCAUAUGUGUCGUUUCAACUCAGGUUUCUUUUAUAGACAUCCAUUAGUUGCUGAUUAUGACUACUACUGGCGUGUUGAGCCUGGUGUGGAGUUUUAUUGUGAUUUGGAUUAUGAUCCCUUCACUUUUAUGAGAGAGAACGGUAAAGAGUACGGUUUUACUAUCACGUUGAAAGAAAUUCCAGAGACGAUUCCUACGCUGUGGGAUCAUACUAUGAAAUUCGCUCACGAACAUGACCUUAAUACAACGCUACUAAAAUUCUUUGGUAACCCUCAAGAGGGAUACAAUUUAUGUCACUUCUGGUCGAAUUUUGAAAUUGCUAGUCUUAAUUUGUGGAGAGACGAACGGUAUCAAGCUUACUUUGACUACCUUGAUAGUACUGGUAAUUUUUUCUACGAAAGAUGGGGCGAUGCUAUUGUUCACAGUUUGGCAGCAGGCCUCUUCCUAAACAAAAACCAAGUUCACUUCUUCAAUGAUAUUGGUUACAAACACGAUUCCUUUGCUCAUUGUGUCGAUGAUGGUCUAUUCGGAAAGUGCAUGUGCCCUUAUGAUACCCCUAAUUUUGAUAACGAUCCGGGCUCAUGCUUGGAUCAAUGGAAGAGUUAUCCUGAAAAGGGUUACCGUUGGGAUUUUAGAAGCAAUGGUGAACAGCAUAUCUGGCCUGUGAAUUAG